CGCCCAUUAAGCGCGCGGCGCGGCCCCGCCGCAGCCAAUCAGAGCGCGGAUCGCGGCCGGGCCGCGCCGCGCCGCCCGGUCCGCGCCUUUGCGGCGGCACCGCCCGGGACGGGACGCGCCGCGACGGGACGGGACGCGCUCCGCACCUCCCGGUACCGCGGCCGCGCUCCGUGCUCCCCCACAACCAAGCGGGGAACCCCCGCGAGGCUCAAGGGUUUGGGCCGUUUGGAGAACACGCUGUGAACGCCAGCUGGAUUGCAGUUCAGGAGCUGGAGAAGCUGGGGCUGAGGGAUGACGUGGAUCUGCAUGUCUAUGAGGUCCCUGUUGAGUACCAGACCGUGCAGAGGCUCAUUCCUGCCUUGUGGAAGAAGCACAGUCCCCAACUGGUGGUGCACGUGGGGGUGUCGGGCAUGGCCACCACUGUCACCCUGGAGAAGUGUGGCCACAACGUGGGCUACAAGGGGCUGGACAACUGCCGCUUCUGCCCGGGCUCGCAGUGCUGCGUGGAGGGGGGCCCCGAGUGCAUCGACUCCAUCAUCGACAUGGACGCCGUCUGCAGGAGGGUCUCUGCCCUGGGGCUGGAUGUCACUGUCACCAUCUCCAAGGACGCUGGCAGGUACCUCUGUGACUUCACCUACUACACCUCCUUGUACCAGAGCCGUGGCAGGUCAGCAUUUGUCCAUGUGCCCCCUCUGGGAAAACCUUACUCUGCAGAACAGCUGGGCCGGGCCCUGCAGGCCAUCAUAGAGGAAAUGCUGGAUUUUUUGGAGCAUUCUGAAGACAAAAUCAAUUGUCAACAUGAACACUGAGCAGCCUGGCCAGGAGCUCUCCUAGUAUUGCACUUCCAGAAUUUUCCCUGCUCUGCUGAAGUAUUGGGGAAAAAAAACAAAACAAAACAAAACAAGCAACAGUUCCAGACCCAGAAUUGGAGACUUAAAAAAAAAAAAAAAAAAAAAAAAAAAAGGAAAAUU